AUGGCGUGUUAUCGUAGCAGCUCCCUUUCAUUCUUUAUCGUGGCGUUACUCACCGUCUUAAUCAGUCCAGCCAUCUCUGCUGGCGACUCAUCCUACAUCAACCCUCCAGUCAACGUUGGGUCUCGCUCUUCCAUUGCUUCCUAUUGCGAGAGCUGGAGACUGGCCGUGGAGACCAACAAUGCUGGAACAUGGAACGUGACUCCAUCCAAAUGUGUUAGCUCCAUUAAUACCUAUUACAUCGGUGGCCAGUUCGAUAGCGACUACAAUUUAGUCGCUCGUUACGCGCUCGCCUUCGCUGGAAAGGUUAAGAACCGUUUAGACGGUAAGGACGCAUGGGUCUUCGACAUUGAUGAGACGCUUCUUUCGAACUCUGAGUACUAUAAUAAGGCUCAUGGGUCUGCGACUUAUGUCUCAAAAAAGGUACAAGCACAAGCUUUCGAUGCAAGCUUGAAACUGUAUAAGGGUCUCAAGACACUUAAUUUCACUAUCAUCCUGCUGACUGGCCGAAACGAGUCCCGGAGAAGUACUACCGAGAAAAAUCUCUGGGACGUCGGUUAUUCCGGUUGGGAACAUCUCCUCAUGAGGAGUCCUGAAGAUAAAGGGAAAACAGCUACACAAUACAAAUCAGAGCAGCGUUCAAAAAUGGUUAAAAAGGGAUACAAACUUCAUGGAAAUACUGGCGAUCAAUGGAGUGACCUGCUAGGCUUUGCUGUGGCCACUCGUUCUUUCAAAGUUCCAAAUCCACUCUACUAUAUUGCUUGA